AUGAAGAGUAUAAUUCUGUUUCUUUCUCUUCUGGGACUGACAUACACCUUACCAGUAAACCAGUUUGGUAGAGUCCUUGCUACAAGCAACAGCAGAGAAAUAUUACGGCUGAUGCAAAGGUUCAGAGCCAUGGGAAACAACGCACAGAAAACACAGCAGAUACCAAAACCCGGGUUUGGACUACCUCCAGCAAAGCUGGUUCCAGAUCAGGCUACAUUAACCAACCAGCUUCCGAAUGAGAUUUCUCCACUUGAAUUUAUAAAUUUCCCCAUGAGCAUGCCACAAAUCCUAUCAGAGCUAGGAACGACAAACUUACAAGCUGUCCCCGGUUUCAAUUUACUGCCAUUCACACAGAUGGUCCCAAUUGACAUCAAUACUCUUAUCGCUCUGUUAGGACUCGGAGGAUUACCCUCAACACAAACGUUUCCUGUAGCAGGUGGUGGAAUGAAUGUCCCACAGCAGCUGUUGCCACCACAACAAAUACUUCCAAUUAUAGUUGCACAAAUGGGGCCGCAGGGUGCAGUGCUCAGUUCAGAAGAAGCGCAAUCACCUUCUCAGAUUUUUACUGGGUUAAUUCUCCCUGGAAUGCAAGGAAUGUUGAUCCCUUCAAGCCAGGCUGGAGCCCUCCCUGAAGGUCAAGAGGGGCUCCUUCCAGCAGGCCAGGCAGGAUCGAACCCAGGCAAUUCAGCAGGCCAGCUACCGUUUCCAGAGGGCACAGCUGACGCAACGGUCCUAGCGGGCAUCCAGAAGGUUUCCCCAGAGAUGAACAAUGACCUGAGCGAGAUGGCAAAUGGAUUGCACCCAACUCCUUCGGGCUUUAGACAGCCAGGUGUUGAUUACAGUGUCACCGAUGAUCCAUUUGCCGAACCCACCAUCUUUGUCAAAUUAAAUAUGGAACCGAGUGAGCUUCGGGAGCCACCGACGACAAUAGCAAGACUGGAAAACGACAAAAAUCUGAGUGGCACGAUCACUUUGGCCCAAUUACUUGUGAGAGGAGACAGCCAUGAGCCCAUAACCACCGUGGAGAGCAAGCUAUUGAGAGAGCCCUAA